AUGAGGUUUGUUUCCUCAAACCCACUCCAGCCAGACCCCAGGUCGCGAAACGCGUCGAAAUUCGCGCGCGAGCUUGCUGAUGAGCAAGAGCCAGCGUCUUCUGACGACCCCCUCCAAAUCCCAGUCAAGGACUAUCAACAACAUAUCUCCUCAUUGUUUCCAGAGUACAUCCAGCCGAUGGAAGUCCAGGAUGAGGAAAUGAAUGAGACUUUUGAAGAAGAAGAAGAAGAGCAGGAGGACCAGGGCGAUGAUAUCGACAUGGAAAGCGAUGAAGAAAUGUCUAUCAUGAAACGGCCUCCAGAAGAGCGAGAGGAGAUUGAGAAUGAACUGCGGGAGCUUCAAAACGUGGUGUCCACUCUGCACGCCGACUAUCGACUUGUCGACCGUCUUGGCACCGGCACGUUCUCCUCUGUUUACAAGGCGGUUGACUUGGGCUACCAUGACAAAUGGGACAAUCGCGCAUGGCUUGGCCACCACCCCGAAUCCUCCUCCGCCCAUUACCAGUCCGUCCCAAAGCCACCUAGCACCAAAGUGUUUGUGGCAAUCAAGCGAAUCUAUGUUACCAGCAAUCCGGAGCGUAUUCGAAAUGAAAUCUCCAUCCUCACCGACUGUCGCUCGUGCAGACACGUUUCCCAACUUAUUACCGCGUUUCGCCAGGAAGAUCAGGUCGUUGCAAUAAUGCCUUACCAUCGGAACGAUGAUUUCAGGGACUUUUACCGCGAGCUGCCCAUGGCUGGCAUCAAGCAAUACUUCCGCUGCCUGUUCCGCGCGCUUUCUGAUAUUCACGCCCGUCGCAUAAUACAUCGCGAUGUCAAGCCUGCUAAUUUCUUGUUCGAUUGCGAAACCUAUCAAGGCACGCUCUGCGACUUUGGUCUUGCUUGUCGAUUUGAUUCAGCAACACCUCAAACCUUGGGCUCGUGCUUCCACACACCUCCGACUGUAGAGCAUCCACACGGCCGUGUGCUUUCACGCAACGAUUACAAUGCGCAAAGUGCGAAACAGAGACAACAUGACGCACGAGCGCUGUCGCAGAAAGCGUCAGAGAAAGUGGGAUAUCCGGCUAACGACACUCGGCCAACUUCGAAAGCCAACAGAGCCGGGACCCGUGGGUUUCGCGCUCCCGAGGUUUUGUUCAAGUGCUCCGAACAAUCAGGGGCCAUUGAUGUCUGGGCGGCCGGUAUUAUCCUGUUGUUCUUCCUGACCGGAAAGUUCCCUUUGUUCCAAAGCUCUGACGACAAUGAAGCAUUGAUGGAACUUGCUGUCAUUCUUGGGCGGAAGAAGAUCGAGAAGGCAGCUACUCUACACAGCCGCACGUUUGCGACCAAUGUCCCUAGCGUAAACGAAGAGGGCACGCCAUGGAGCUCAUUUGUGCUUCAGCAGAAUCCCGAUCUCUAUGAACGCCCGAAGUCAGCUACGAGCUUUGAUAUGCUGUCGGAAAACGACACAGAUUUGGACGGUCAAAUGAACACAGACUCGAUGCCUCCCGUUUCCUCGUCUUCGCCAUCGCAUUCGCCGUCUUCUCCGGGCUCGAAAGCCAGCGUUGCGUUCAGCAAUUCCCUGAUGGAAUCACACAAACGUGAUGUCGACUUGGCUUUCAGCUUACUGAAUGGUCUGCUGGAGCCAGAAGCGCAUAAACGUUUCACGCCAAAACUGGCAUUAGCGCACGACUUCCUCCGCGAUGAAGGGCCAGACGAUCAGGACACAGUUCCCCAUCCAUUUGGUGUUGGCGUCUGCGCGAAAUAUCAUUUCAUUGACGAAGUUACAGAGGAGCUUUUUGUCAAGGUGUUCGAACCUUUGCAGCCUGGGCAAACAAUUCGUCGGCUGGGAACGAGGGGUGUAGCGCCAGGUGAGGGAAUCGCGAUUGGUCGAUCUCCCUGCGAGUUCCAUCAAGAUAGUUCGCUGUACGGUUGA